AAGAAUGUCAAAGGUAAAAAAGUACGUGCCGUCAACGCCUGAAUUCGAAAAGACCAUUGGAAGAUACAAAGAGUUCGUUACCAACCUGGACGAUCCUGAUUCAGAGCCCAUACGUGUAUUCGAUCCUCUAUCGCAGAGUAUGCUGGAAGAGCUCGCCCUCAUCAGAGAUGUCAGUAAAUACUUGCAGAAGAAGAAGAUUGAAGACGUGAACAAAGCUGCCCAAGCUGCUCAGCUAGAAGCAGAGGGAGCGAAGAAGAACGAAGAAGAAGCAGUGGAGCCCCCUGAAAAAAAUGAAGAUAAGAAAGACGAAUAGUUUUUUUUUGUUAUAUACUUAAUUAAAUAAAAA